CUGCCGCAAAGCUUGCGGAGCCUCUGCACCGAGGACAUAGACCUGGGGGUUUUGAAGCUGAAGGGCUUGCAGAGUCUGAGCUUGGGGCAGUGCUUCAAUCGACGCCUGCCAGACCUCCCACAGAGUCUUCGGAGCCUGAGCUUCGGGAAGGCCUUCAACCAGCCUCCGUCGCACCUGCCCACCGGCCUCGAGGAGCUGACCUUUGGCGCGGAUUUCAACCAGCCCCUGCAAGGGGUCAGCUUUCCCGAGAACCUGCGGUGCCUAACCUUCGGCCACUACUUCAACUCCAGCCUGGAGAGCCUGAGCUUUCCGCAGCUGCUGCACUUGAACCUGGGCUACACCUUCAACCAGCGCCUGGAGAAGGUGGGCUUUCCAAACCUGGAAAGCCUCACCUUCGAGGGCUACUUCAACCAGAGCCUGGCAGAGGUCUCGUUGCCAGGCCUGCUGUGCCUGACGCUGGGCCGGCACUGGAACCAGCCACUGGACGGGGUCGCUCUGCCCAAAUUGCAAUCCUUGAGCUUCGGCGCGGACUUCAACCAGCCUCUGCAGGUGGUACUGCCGUGCCUGGAGCACUUGGUGCUGGGCGAGAUGUUCGACCAAAGCUUGGCCCAGGCGGAACUGGCCGCCUUGCAGAGCUUGGUGCUCGGGGACGCCUUCGAUCAGCCCCUGGCAGAGGCUGUGGCGAGGUUCCCCAAGCUGCGGAAGCUGGCUCUGGGGAAAAGCUUCCGGCGGAAGGUGCCGGAGGCUUGGGCGCUGCGGAGCUUGGAGUACCAGGGCAUCUACGUGUCCGUGGAGUAG